AUGGAUGAAGAAGACCCUCUCGCCAACUUCGCCUUUGCAGACGUCUCCUCCGACGAGGCCGAAGGGGUAGAGGCCGCAAAGUCCCGCCGAACUGGUCAAUCAGAGGAGGCCUGGCGAGCCAUCCACAAGGAGUACGAGGCAAAGGUUGAGAAUGGCAACAUACACCAGAAAAUCAAUUUGCCGCUAGGUCCAGGAGCGUCCAAGAUGGAUAUCCAGGAGGUUAUUCAUGCUGUCGAAGAACACUACUUCUUCCGUCGCUUCAAGGAGGCUGAAGAACUGGCAAAGGAAGUCCUGAGUACAAGCGCUGGCCUGGAUAAAGACUCAAAACAAUUAUUUCAAGUUUAUCAAGACAAAAGUCAUCAGAAGAAUAAAUCCACCUAA